AUGAAGCGAAGCACUGCAUACUUUCUUUGCUAUACCGCAGCGACCAUUGGUCUCUUUGCAUGGGCUUUGUAUGAUUCACUCGAUAAGGCCACAGAGUUCUUCACGCUUAUUGUGGAUAUGACUGAUGGGUACAAAUUAGGUAUACUACUCAACCUUUUGUUCCUCAUAUUCAUAGGGGUCGGCUCGCUAUCUUUGCUUUUAGUAUUCGGGUCACUUAGAAUUAUCGAAAUUGAACAUUUGGUAGAAAAGUUGCCAAUAUUUAUAAUCAAUCUCCUAUUCAACUUAACCUCAAACGAUAACCUAAUUUUCAAUUGUAUAUUGUUGGGUAUAUCUGUUGUCUUUAAGGUUUUCCAUGUGGUAUUAACAGACAGAUUCGACUUCGUUCUGAUGAAGAUAGCCAAUUUGGCCAAUAAUGACUCUAGCAUCACAACCAAGAAGGUGUUGCGAGACUACUGUGCCAACUUAUACUUUUGGUUGCUCCCACUCAAUGUAGUUGCAGAUUUAAGUAUAGCCAAAUUUUUGGUGUAUGAUGUUUUUAAGGGGAUCAAUUCUGUUACCUGUUUAUUGUUUGGCUUCCAAUUUGCUGUACAAGGGGUCGAGUUGUUGACGUACUAUUGCAAGGUGUUGUUAAAUUUGUACGAGCUUUUGUUCUUUAGAUCAACAGAGCUGGAAAGUGACACUGAGAACGAGGAAGAGGCAGGAGAGGAUACAGAAAUUGAGAACGAGGUAGAGCAGGAUAUGUUUGUCGACGAUGAUGAAGAUUUUGUAUGGGAAAGAAAGGCCUACUAUGUUAAGGCUGUUGAGAUUGCGUCGUCUUCUCUUAAGGCCAUUUCAUACAUUUCAUUUAUAUACCUCUUGACAGUCACAUCGAAGCUCUCCUUACCUAUAUCUAUGCUUCAAGGAACAUAUUCCUCAGUUGUACAGACUUAUAAAGAAAUAGUACAACUCUUUGUUUUCAUUGAAUCAUCUAAAAAGUUGGAUACCUUAUUGCCCAAUGCCACCAGAGAAGAGUUGGAGAGCUCUGACAACCUAUGCAUUAUCUGUCGUGAAGACAUGCAUUCAGUUGAAGAAUACCUCCAAUAUAACCAAACCGAAGCUGGUAAGAAGAGACCUAUAAGUUCCAGAAAAUACCCAAAGAAACUCGCUUGUAGCCAUAUUAUCCACAUGGGAUGUCUCAAGGAUUGGUUAGAAAGAUCAGAAAAUUGCCCAUUGUGUAGGAGGAAGGUAUUCAUGACUCCAGAAGAAUUACAGAGAGAAAAAGUUUUGAGGGAAGAACAAACGAGGAUGAUGAAUGCCAGGCAAGAAGCCCAUAAUGCACAGCAAGAGCGCACAAGUAAUGGCGAUAGUGGUGAAAAUACGGACUCCUCACAACCUCCAGAGCUGGACUCCUUCGAUAUAGUUCCUUCUCCAGACCACGAUGGCAGGCAAACACUUGUAUUACCAAGCAGCGUUCAAAUCCCACCGAAUUGGACUCCACUACCCAUCGAAAGAGAUGGGAACGAUUAUAAAAUCAGCUUUUCCAACAAAUUAAAAGGUAAACUUACUUUAAAGAGAAGAGCAAGAAACGGAGAGGAAAUGGAGCUCUUGAGGGGCUCUCCUCUUGAACGAAACGGUGGCUCCACUAGUAACAACGCAAAUGCAAACGAAGCAUAA